CGCGUCCUGUUGAGAGACCCCAGAAACGCUCCAUUCUGAGCGCGUGUAGCCGAAGCUCCUCUUGUAGCUGCUGCUCUCCCUCUCUUUCUGCUGCCUUCUCCCGGCUCGAAGCUUCGCUUAGCUAGCUCCUGGUGGCAUUCUCCGGCAAUGGGGUGCAAGGCGUGCGAGAAGCCCAAGCCCAACUACCGGAAGGGCCUGUGGUCGCCGGAGGAGGACCAGAAGCUCCGCGACUACAUCCUCCGCCACGGGCACGGCUGCUGGAGCGCGGUCCCCGCGAAAGCCGGGCUCCACCGGAACGGCAAGAGCUGCAGGCUGCGGUGGCUCAACUACCUGCGGCCGGGGCUGAAGCACGGCAUGUUCUCGCCGGAGGAGGAGGAGACGGUGAUGAGCUUCCACGCCACGCUCGGCAACAAGUGGUCUAGAAUCGCACGGCAUUUGCCUGGGAGGACCGACAACGAGGUCAAGAACUACUGGAACUCGUACUUGAAGAAGAGGGUCGAGAGCAAGGAAGGACCAAGCACGCCUGCACCAGCCGCAACCGAUUCCGGUGCCGAUUCAGACGACUCCCAGCUCCUGAAGCCCGGGGACGGGACGGCGCAAGAACCGGCCACCGACCGGCCGACGGACUCCGGCUCCUCGGAGCCUCGCGAGUCGUCGUCGGCCGACUCGAGCUGCCUGACGGAUCCCACUGCCUGCAGGCUCCACGCGCCUGUGGCUCCCAAGGUCAUGUUCGCGGACUGGCUGGACAUGGACGGCAUCAGUGGCCAGGUCGGAGCAGCACCUGGUCUGGACGCUGCGGGCGUGGUUGGUGCGAGUGCGAGCCAAGGGGAUCGUCAACAGGUGGCGAGCCAGGGAUCCGUGCAGGUCGACGGGCCAUGCGGUGUCGAUGUGUCCCUGCAAGGGUUCAGCGACAGCGGCGCCAGCUGCUGGGAGUUUCAAGAGCAGUUCGACGGCAUGGAUCACAUGCUUACGGCCGGGUUCUGCGACCUGCUCUCCAUGAACGAGUUUUUCGGGCUGAACUAGGCACGGCGGAUUGGUGGCCUUUCGUGAAGGGGUUUGUGUUUCAUAAAUUUAGAUAUUUCGGUGAAAGUUUUUUUUGUGAUGUAAAUUAUUGUCGUGUAUGUAUUGAGGAAUUUAGAAGCAUAUAAAGUCCAGGGCCAUGACGAUUGUUGCUACAAUGUAAAAUGUUUUGUCGUGUUUGUUGCGGUUUGCUUUCGAGAGUACAACACCGACAGAGAAAAGGAAGGAAAGAAGAGAGUAUUGAGAGUUGCACGCUUGCAGCUAGCUAUUGGUUGCACAGUUUGUGUUUUGUUAAUUCGAAGACGGGACAUCAUCCUUUUUGUGUUUUUCUUUCUUUUUUUUUUUCUUUUUGUCGAGUGACGGAAGCUCGUCUCUUAGAGGAAAUAUCAGGUUUUUAAAGACCA